AUGAUAAAGUGGUUUAAAGGAGACUCCGAUUUUACAUCUGAUUUUGGGGUUCUUUUCGAUGCACCGACUAUAGAAUUUUUCAAAAACGAAACCGACAAGGAGAGACGAGAGAAACUUUGCUCUCUGCGGCUUCAUCCAAUGGAACCGUUUAAGGACCGCUCUUCAGGAAGUUCCAGGGAGAUACCACAGUCAGAGGAAGAACUCCCGGUUUGUAAAUCUUCAACUUCUGUGGAGUUGCGUGUAGAUGACUCGGCCCAAAUCGAAGAGUUAAGAAAGUCAGUUGUUACUCAAAUGUUAGCAACCCUUUUUAAAGAUGAGAUAGGAAACUGCUGGAAAGACCUCGGAAUAUUUCUUGGAGUUCCUGAGUGCGACCUUCGCAACAUAGAGAUUGAUUACGAUAAAGUUCGCGAGAAGGGAGGUGCUGUUCUCCAGUCAUGGAGGGAUAAGAAAGGUAGCAGGGCAACUGUGGGACGUCUUGAGUCUGUACUUAUUGCGAUGGAAAAGAAAAGGAUCGCAGAAAAGUUGCUAGUUUUACCAGAUGGUAACUACUAUUGUUAUAUUUGGUCUUUUUUUUGGGUAUUAUGCGACAAAGAGGGUGUGACCGGGCAACACCAAGCCAGCGAGAGAGAAGGUUCCCCUGAGAAGAUGCUCAGUACUGCAGAAGAGGUAUAUGUACCGAGAACAAGACACAAGAAGCAAAGUGGAAGGAGAGAUGAGGGGGGAAGUGAAAGGAGGAAUACGGAUGAGUUAAAAAGAGUGGCACAGCUCGAAAAAGUUAGAAAGAGUAAUUUGUUAAAACGCAAAUCGAAAGUAGAUAAACUUCCCAAAAGGCAGCAGAACACGAGGAGGAACAAGCCAUUUGAAAUGUUAAGCUGCUUGCUGAUGGAGGUAGCUGAAUUGAAAGAGGUCAUUGAAGAAAAUAUUUUAGAACGUAUAGCGGAGAAUGGAAACGUAGAAGGGCUGAGAGGAAUGAUUGAAAAAGUCAGAAAGGUUAAGCAAGAUUUCUCAGGAGCAUCAUGA